AAUGCCGAGUCGCUGACCGAGCGCACCCCGCCCCCGGCGCCAUCUUCCCGACUGCGAGCCGUCCAGGGUCUUGCUCUGUCUCCCAGGCUGGAGUGCAGUGGCUCAGUCUUGGCUCAUUGAAACCUUCACCUCCUGGGUUCAAGCGAUUCUCCUGCCUCAGCCUCCUGAGUAUCUGGGAUUACAGCCGUAUGCCACGACGUCCGGCUAAUUUUGUAUUUUUAGUAGAGACAGGGUUUCACCAUGUUGGCCAGGCUGGUCUCAAACUCCUGACCUCAGGUGAUCCGCUCACCUCGGCCUCCCAAAGUGCUGGGAUUACAGGUGUGAGCCACCGUGCCUGGCUUAGGGGCCAUCUUUGAGUUGGCCCUGGCUCUGCUCCCCAGGUCUCAGUGCUGUGUCCCCCCAGAGCCUAGAGGAUGUUUCAUGGGAUCCCAGCCACUCCGGGCAUAGGAGCCCCUGGGAACAAGCCGGAGCUGUAUGAGGAAGUGAAGUUGUACAAGAACGCCCGGGAGAGGGAGAAGUACGACAACAUGGCAGAGCUGUUUGCGGUGGUGAAGACAAUGCAAGCCCUGGAGAAGGCCUACAUCAAGGACUGUGUCUCCCCCAGCGAGUACACUGCAGCCUGCUCCCGACUCCUGGUCCAAUACAAAGCUGCCUUCAGGCAGGUCCAGGGCUCAGAAAUCAGCUCUAUUGACGAAUUCUGCCGCAAGUUCCGCCUGGACUGCCCGCUGGCCAUGGAGCGGAUCAAGGAGGACCGGCCCAUCACCAUCAAGGACGACAAGGGCAACCUCAACCGCUGCAUUGCAGACGUGGUCUCGCUCUUCAUCACGGUCAUGGACAAGCUGCGCCUGGAGAUCCGCGCCAUGGAUGAGAUCCAGCCCGACCUGCGAGAGCUGAUGGAGACCAUGCACCGCAUGAGCCACCUCCCACCCGACUUCGAGGGCCGCCAGACGGUCAGCCAGUGGCUGCAGACCCUGAGCGGCAUGUCGGCGUCAGAUGAGCUGGACGACUCACAGGUGCGUCAGAUGCUGUUCGACCUGGAGUCAGCCUACAACGCCUUCAACCGCUUCCUGCAUGCCUGAGCCCGGGGCGCCAGCCCUUGCACAGAAGGGCAGAGUCUGAGGCGAUGGCUCCUGGUCCCCUGUCCGCCACACAGGCCCUGGUCAUCCACACAACUCACUGUCUGCAGCUGCCUGUCUGGUGUCUGUCUUUGGUGUCAGAACUUUGGGGGCCGGGCCCCUCCCCACAUUAAAGAUGCUCUCCGACCUUC